UAUAGAUCUAUCUGUAACGAAAAUGGCAUCCGGAUGCAGCAGAAUUUUCCAGCGAUCUUCUGUUUCUGCCCUAAAAUCGGCCAUUUCGAAGCCAGCUUCUUCUUCUUCUUCUCUUAACAGAUCAGCCACCACUCCGUCCAAUAGGCCCUCUCUAUUUUCAAGUCCAGUCGCCUCUCCCCUCCGCCGCUUCUCUCUCUCUAGGGCACCGGCGGAGUUGGGAGGUGUGGCGUCGUUGCUGCCACUGCACAGUGCGGUGGCUACGGCGAGGAUGACGUCGUGCCUGAGCUCAUCGUAGGAGUUCUCGGGCUCUUUCUCAGGCCGGCUCCUCUCGCUCUCUCAUCUCUCUCCAGCAGCUGCGCGGCAGCGGCGCCGAGCUUGGAGAAUUCGUCGGAGCUCUCGCGGCGGUGGUGGAGGAGAUCCUCCCUCUCUCUCUCUCCAGCGGCUGCCGCUCUCUCCUCUCUCUUUCUCAUCUCCCUCUCUCUCUCUCCAGCGCGCCGCCUGGGCAGAAUUCGUCGGAGGAUGAGGCGGCGGCGGCAGAUCUGCUCUGAUGAGGCGGCGGCGGUGGAUCUGAUCUGAUAGUUGCGCCGCCUCCUCCAUCGGCAGAUCUGAUCUCCGCCUCAUUCGAUUUCAGCCAUGGCAGAUCUGAUCUGAUCUAUGUGCUGCACGUAUGGCACUUAUGGCACUAUUAGUGCCAUAAGUGCACACUUCCCCCUAGGGUUUUGAUAUUCCAUUUAGGGUUUAGGUUAUCUAUUUGGGGUUUAGAUGUUUCAUUUAGGGUUUAGAUUAUCCAUUUAGGGUUUAGAUGUUCUAUUUAGGGUUUAAAUGAUGUUAUUGUUGUUGUUUAUGUAUUUGUGCUGCACGUAUGACACUUAUGACACUAUUAGUGCCAUAAGUGCCCAAAUGACCAUUUUACGUAGUUUUAUUUUGAAUUUCCGUUGGCACUUAUGGCAAUAAAACCAAGUAAAAUAGUCAUUUUGGCACUUAUGGCACUAUUAGUGCCAUAAGUGCCAACGGAAAUCCAAAAUAAAAUCCAAGUAAAAUCUUGGCACUUAUGGCACUAAUAGUGCCAUAAGUGCCUAACCCGACCCGGCACACGACCCGCGUGCCUGAUCCUACCCAGUCCGCCUCAUUAAGGGUAAAAACGUCCAAAUCAAUAAAAAUGGUCAAAAUUUGUGUUCUUUUCAAUGUGUGGCCAUAAAUUGUGUUUUAUGCUUUAUUUUGUCUACUUCAAAAUUUUACUCAUAAAUUAAUGUGGUUUAAGAACCUAAUGUUAUUAGUGUAUUAUAUGAGAGAUUAUUUUUUACCAAAAAAAUAUUAUUAUACUUUUGUAGUAUUGAUUCUCACGUAAUCCAAUAUUUUAAGAUAAAUAUAAAUGCUAAUCAAUUGAGCAUUUAUAUUGAAAAUGAGAACAAAUUAUAGUCGUAAUUUAAUAGAUCAGAAAUAGAACUUGCUAGUAUAAAUAAAAAUCAGCAUUAAUUAUGUAAAUAAAUGUUGAAAUUAAUAUUGAAUUGUGUAAAUUAAUUAAUUAAGAUUAAAAUUAAUGCUACACUUUGGGCGGGAAAAUAGUAUAGGCAUAUUGGUUCCACUUUUAUAUAUAUAUAGAUUAUGAGAAUCGUAGGAAAGAGAUAUAAUGAUUAAAUUGAAAAAACGUGGGAGAGAGAAAAAAUAGCGUUGUAUUACCGUUGUACUGAUCUUUUAUAUAUUUUAUAUAUAUAGAUAGGGCCUAAAAUAGGCCCAAGAUUUGUCCAAAAAUCGGCCCACCCGUCGGCCCUUUCCACGAGUCGGUUUUCGCUCAAACCCAUUUUAAAAUCAAACUCGUAUUGAAAUAAAUGUGCUCUUUGCUAUUCAUACUUUGAAAUGAAAAUAUACAUAUAUAUGUAUAUAUACACACACAUUUUGAUUUAAAUCAAGAUCACACGAAAUAAUAAUAAUAAUAAUAAUAAUAAUAAUAAUAAUAAUAAUAAUAAUAAUAAUAAUAAUAAUAAUAAUAAUAAUCUUCUUAAUAAGAUCUAUUUUCCGUUUUUCUGAAGAGAAAACCUAGACAUCAAGUCUUAUUAAGUUACCGCGAGGAUAAUUAUUCUUAUUAACUGGGAAUUAGGGACCUAUGACCUAUCACAUCCUAAUAAUAUCAAUAAGACCCAUAUGAAUCAUAGGAUCGAAAAUCUGGGGUAUUACAUUAAUAAUGAAAAUUAGUUUAUUUGUUUAGAAGAUGGAACAUUCUUUAAAAAAAAAAGAAUAAAAGUUUGUCUUUAUAUGCUUUCAAUCUACUUAAUAUUGAAUUAAUUGAAUGGCGAACAAUUAUCUAUUAUAUUAAGUGAUUGUUAAAAAAAUGCAUGAAAAUGAAGUGUACGGAAUGCUCCCGCCCCCGAACCCCGUGUAAAUGUUUUCAAACGUCGUAGUUCACCAAAUUCAGUCCCCACAACGUUAAAUUCUGAAGCUGCCCUUGAGUGGGAUGGAGAAAGUAAUAAUAAUAAUAAUAAUAAUCUCUUCGGUGAAUUUGAGAAAAUAAAGAAUAUACGUGUGUAAGUAUGGCCCAAUGUAUUUUUCAAAUAGGCCCAAUCCAAAUUAAAAAAUACUAAGUUGUCGGUUUGGGGCCAGUUCGCUUUCCGUUCGCAAUUGAGACCCGCUGUAUGAGUCGUGGAGUCGGUGUUUACGUCGCGUUAAUCUCGAUUCUUCAAGUAAAUUCCAGAAACCCCCCACAAAUUCUCCCACGAAAAACUAUAAAUUCCUCGCUUAAUUCGCUCCAACUUUUAUUUCUCCAAACCUGAUAUUGCCGCUAUAGUUUAGUAUAUCUUUUUUCAGACGUUAAUCCAUUGACUGCGAGAAAAAAAGAAGCAGAAACAUGGCAAGAGAAGGCCCUAAUUGGGAAGGAUUGCUUAAGUGGAGUCUUUCCCACGCCGACGGUACUAACACUUCUCGCAGUUUGAGUGAGGAGGAUAGAAGAUGGUUUAUGGAGGCGAUGCAAGGGCAGACAAUUGAUGUUAUUAAGCGAAUGAAGGAGAUAACACUUGUUAUGAAGACCCCUGAGCAGGUUUUGGAGUCUCAGGGGGUGACUCCUCAAGAUAUUGAAGAUAUGUUGGAUGAGCUACAAGAACAUGUGGAAUCCAUCGACAAUGCUAAUGAUCUUCACUCCAUUGGUGGUCUUGCUCCUCUCCUCGACUACCUUAGAAAUCCACAUGCUAACAUUAGGGCAAAAGCAGCCGACGUUGUUAGCACGGUCGUGCAGAACAAUCCCAGGAGUCAACAGCUGGUAAUGGAAGCUAAUGGUAUGGAGCCGCUGCUGUCCAAUUUUACUUCUGAUCCAGAUGUUGGAGUGCGUACCAAAGCGCUCGGGGCAAUCUCUUCUCUGAUUAGGCAUAACAAGCCUGGAAUUGCUGCAUUCCGGUUGGCUAACGGUUACGCCGCGCUAAGAGAUGCUUUGGGCUCCGAGAGUGUGAGAUUUCAAAGGAAAGCCCUGAACUUGAUCCAUUAUCUACUUAGUGAGAAUCAUUUAGACAUUAACGUCAUAUCCGAACUCGGCUUUCCUCGCAUCAUGAUGCACCUUGCAUCAAGUGAGGAUUCUGAUGUGCGCGAAGCUGCACUAAGGAGCCUUCUCGAUCUAGCUCGGGACAGAUCAGAGAAGCCCGAUACUCCAAAUGAAGAUGAUGACAAACUGAAGCAGAUUCUACAAGACAGGAUCAAAGGGAUCAGUGAGAUGUCUCUUGAAGACCUAGGAGCCGCGAAAGAGGAAAGGGAGCUUGUGGACUCUCUUUGGAAAGCCUGUCACAACGAACCAUCACCUCUUUUCGAGCAGGGUCUUCUAUCACUCCCUGGAGAAGAAGCUCCGCCUCCAGAUGUAGCGAGCCAGUAUUUCCAGCCGCCUCUUAGAGCUUGGGCUGCAAACAGAAAUCCUGAUCCAAAACCAGAGAACGAGAAGAAGGAAGCGCCGUUGUUGUUAGGCCCCGGACCCUCAGCUUGAAUUAGUUUGUGCUGGACGGGUGCAGAUAUAUCACUGCAGUGUUAGUUUUUGUCGAGAUGUUCAGCGCAAUUAUGCACCAAAAUCAUAUUAUUUGUGGGUAAGUCCAAGAUCUUGUUCUAUAUUUGUACUUUCCAUAUAUUCCAAAAGUACAAAACUUUUUAUCUUUA